UGGGUGUUGCACUGUCUCUCAGCUCCAGCAUCACCAUCAGCAGCAGCACUAGCAGCAGCACCAGCACUACUCCCCGGCUGUGGUUGCUAGGGAAACGGCCGCAUGGCAACCGGCUGAGAGCCUGGGGGACGUGUGCUGCUGCUGCAGCUGCCUUGCCUUGCUCAUUCUCCAGCAGCAGCGCUUCCCUGCACUCUUCUUCCUCCUCUUCUUCUUCUUCUUCUUCCUCCUCCUCCUCCUCCUGCGCUCUGCCAGGGAUCCCAGGCUGACAGGGGCAGCCCCAGCAGUGAUGGACAUGAUGAUGUUGGUGCAGGGUGCUGCUGCUUGCUGCUCAAACCAGUGGCUGGCCGCUGUCAUCCUCAGUGUGUGCUGUCUGCUGCCCUCCUGCUUGCCCGCUGGACAGAGCAUGGACUACUCCUGGCCAACAGUGGACAACCUGGUCGUCAAGCAAGGAGAGACAGCCAUGCUUAGGUGCUUCUUGGAGGACGGCGCGUCAAAGGGAGCCUGGUUGAAUCGUUCCAGUGUUAUUUUUGCGGGGAACGACAAGUGGUCGGUGGAUCCAAGAGUCUCAAUAGCGGCAGGGAACAAAAAGGAGUACAGCCUGCGGAUACAAAAGGUGGACAUUUUCGAUGAUGGGCCGUAUUUCUGCUCUGUACAAACCCAGCACAGUCCUAGGACAAUGCAGGUUCAUCUCACCGUCCAGGUUUCUCCGAAAAUCUACGACAUCUCCCCCAACAUGGUGGUCAACGAAGGAACCAACAUAUCACUUGCCUGUUUGGCCAGUGGGAAACCAGAGCCUUCUAUACUGUGGAAACAUAUCUCGCCUUCAGCCAAGCCAUUUGGAAGCGGGCAAUACUUAGAUAUUUAUGGCAUUACGAGAGACCAGGCCGGCGAGUAUGAGUGUCUGGCCGAAAACACUGUGCCCUUUCCCGAUGUGAAGAAAGUGAAUAUCAUUGUAAACUUUGCACCAACAAUCCUUGAAAUAACACCGUCGGGGGUUUCCCUUGGAAAGACAGGACUAAUCCGAUGUGAAACAGCGUCCGUCCCUACUCCAUCGUUCGAGUGGUACAAAGGAGAUAAGAAGCUCACGAACGGGCAGAGAGGCAUCCUCAUAAAGAAUUACAACACCAGAUCGAUCCUCCACGUCUCCAACGUAACAGAAGAGCACUUCGGCAAUUACACGUGUGUAGCGAUAAACAAGCUCGGAACGAGUAACGCCAGCCUGCCCCUGAACCAAAUUAUUGAAACUUCCACCUCUAGCCCUGUCACCAGCUCAGCUCCAAGCACAGCCCAGUACGGCAUCACUGGAAGGGCAGAAAUCCUCUUCUCAUGUUGGUACCUGGUUUUGACACUUUCCUCUUUCACGAGCAUAAUCUACCUGAAGAACAUCGUAAUACAAUAAAUCUACCGAAACCACAACAAGGCUUUAAAGAUGUCUGCAAAAAUUGUGCUGAUGACAGGAUACGAUCUGGUACCGUUUGUCUGACGCAGUGUGGGAUGUAGCCAGCAGUGCGUAAAAAUGGGGAAUGAUCGGCUUCUUUAGAAUCGUUUUUUUUCUUUUUUGUAAAUACUUAAAUUCUCCUUCCUUCCUUUUUUUUUUUUUUUUUUUUGAUUAGCUGCAUUACGUUGUGACGCAGUACACAUUGUCCUUUUUUUAAGAAAAAAAACAACAAAAAACAACAAAAAAACAAGCUAUAACGUGACAGCUCUGAAAUUACUUUUAGAGGAUAUUAAUUGUGACUUCAUGUUUGUAAAUUUACAGGUUUUCGAAAAACAGUCUUUGGUGGCCGUAAAAAGGUGUGCGCAGGUUAUGGUUUACAAAAGUGAGCAAAAAAAUAAAUAAAUAAUAAUAAUAAAAAAUAAAAAAAACAACACAAAAAUCCCUUCUCAUCGUCAUUAUAAAAAAAAUAAAUACAAAAUAGUCAGGACAGUAUCGCGGUAGCAACUAAUACGAAUACGCUUCAAGGCUCCGAGACACAUGUGGUUUCUCUUGCCCUUUUUUUAUCUUUUUUUUUUUAUAAAAAAAAUAAGAUUUCAAACUCAAACAUGUGCAUAUUUUUUUUUUUUCAUUUUUAUUACAAAAAAAAAAAAUAUUGCCUUCAAAAGAUUUACCACCAAGUUACAUUUAGCUAGACUUGACUGCAAGUUUUUGGGUAUCCAGAUACAGUAUUAUACGAAAUAAAAAAUAAUAUUAAAAUAAAAGAAUAAAAAAAUAAAUAUAUGAGAAAAAAAUUAAAUAUUAAAACUGCAUGGAGCAGUUCAAUUUAUACCUGUAUGUCUCGCAUGGGUGUGCCUUCAUAAAGUUUUAUUAAUUUUUUUUUCUUUUUUUAUUCAGAUUGGGGUUUUAUUAGCUUAUCGGGGGAGGGGGAUUCAGUCUAAAUACAUAUAUAUUAAAAAAAAUAAAAAUUAAAAUUGUUGAAAUGUACAGAACAUAUUUUUAGGAGUUCAUAUCAUGUAGCCACCCAAGUGUGAAAGACUUUUAACGUGUGCUUAAUGAAAACGUCCAUAUGUCAGCCGGUGUUCAAUCUCAGUGUUCCGAAAACCCAUGCAGAGAUCACACGUCUGCGGAUUAUCUAAUGUAACACAGCUUUUGUUGGCACAUAAGUGCGGCCUGAAUAGUCAGUGACGUUGCAGACCGUUUCGAGGGCAAAGAUGUGUCUGCGAGGACUAAGGAUGAAGACCUAGGUGACGUGGACUUUGUCUGUGGUCACCACAUGGCUUAACUGUGGACCUCCAGCUGCUGUAAAACUACUACUCCAAGCAUGCCCGGACAGCCAACGGCUGUCCGGGCAUUCUCGGAGUUGUAGUUUUGCAGCAGCUGGAGGGCCACAGUUAAGCCUCGUGGGACUUGUAGCUUUCUACGUCUAGAGGUUCACAUUUGAAGACCACUAGAAUAAGAGAUAAAAAAUUGACCAUGGUGUCUACCAUAGCUUCCACCAUUUGGGAUGUAGUUUGUUAAGACCCUAAAUUAAGCCACCUAUAAAUGAUCCUAAAAUUAAAAAAACUUGUUACCCACAAGAUAUUUGGGGGGAUUUCUGAGCAGAAAAAAUAAGGGGGAGAAGAUUGGGGGUUUGUUCUAACCAUGGUGCACCAUUGGCGGCAAUAACCAUUCAUUGUUGGCAUUGGAUUAGGUAACGCAGACCCUGGCCAAAGACUCGAAAGUUAUCUCAAUCCAGAACUGAGGAAAUAUUUUUUGUGGGAAAUUAUUUGAAUAUUAAUGGAAAAAAUAAUCUACUCCAACCUGAAGUUUGGAUAAGGAUAUAUUCUUACAGAUGAUAUCACCAUAAAUUACUAGUGACCGGUAGACCGCCAUGCUUAAUAAUGAUCCAACCAGAAGAAUGGAUAAAGAUAUGUUUUUACAGAUGUUACUAUAAAUUACUAAUGAUGGGUGGAGUCUUUUUUGAUGACCGCCACCUCUACCGCUAAAAAAAAAGGACCUUUAGAAGUAGUAAUACUGUCAGAUCCCAAAUUGAUAUAUUUUUUCAGGAUACAGUUUGGCCAAUGUCAGUUACUUAGUGUGUUGCACUAUAAAAAAAAAAAUAAAAAAUCCCCCAAUUUUUUUUUCAAAUUUAAGUGUUUGAAAUUUCAUUUGGCAGCUAAAAAUAAAAAUAAAAAUAUGGCAGACGGAGAAUCCUGGGGCAAAAAAGGGGGUGCGCAAAUUGUAAUCGAUGACACGUCCCAACGAUGACCCUGCAAUACGUUGUCUAUCGCUGAGCUUCUUGGCAUUACAGACCUACAUCAUGUUUUUUGCCGAUCCCUGAUUAUAGCACAAUUCUCAUGUUUUUUGUGAUUUCAGAGCUAUUCCUCUUCGGGGGGGAAAAAAACAAGUAUUAUUCAAAAUUCUUUUAAAAAAAUAAUAAUGUUGUGCAAACGAGAAUGUGACAAUCCAUUUUAUCAUCCAUCCGAUACUUCAUGGAAUCUGUAUUGUUUUGCACUUGAUUUUGUACUGAAUUUGUGAAACUAGCUAAAAUAGUUGAGAAAAAAGUGGAUAUAUUUGGAAAUGGGUCUACUCAGCGGAAAAUAAAAACUCUGGUAAAAAUCA